ACGGAGAGAGGAUUUCACUCAAUACUAUGGUACAGCAUUGGACAAGAAUUUGGCUGCGGCAACACAGAUAUCCAGCUUCACCCUACUGAACCAUACCAGUUGAAGUCUCCUAACUACCCGUCUGACGUCACCGAAUAUCUCUACUGCAAUUGGCUGAUAACUUCUUCUUCUGAUAUGCAAAUUAAGGUGACCGUGCAAGAUUUGCAUAUCGGCUACGGUGAUGGAAUGACGAUUGGAAACGUCCAAACAGACGGUAGUAACAACGUUGAUGGGAUACUCAACAUCGUUCGUGGUGUCAAAGUUCACACCGUCUAUUCUUCAAGUCACGUGAUACAAAUAGAAUAUUGGACCAAUGACCACGGAGGAGAGAAAAACGUCACCACCAGAUUUUGGUUUGAGCUUCAACAAGUUGAUGCAAUGUCGACAGAUUGCCACGAGGAAACUGAGUUCAGAUGUGAAGACGGCGAUGUUUGUGUCGAUCGAAUUGGAGUUUGUGACGUCAUAAUGGAUUGCCCAGACAGGUCAGACGAGGAAAACUGCCCACUUCCUACGUGUCCAGCCAAUGAGCGUUGCGCUAACGAGACUACGUGCCUCCUCCGGAAGUUUCACUGUGAUGGAAUUAUCGACUGCACAGAAGCAGAAGACGAAAACAAUUGUGAUUUGAGGUUGUGUCCGAGAGACUGCACAUGUAAGAUGAAUGAUGCUCUUAUCAAAGGAACACUAAUGAUGCAUGCUAACUGCACUGGGCACCCUAACAUGUCACAAGUUAUAGAAUCCCUUCCUAGGAUGACAAAUGGAAUUACCUUGAGGCGAGAAUCAAUAACUGACUUACCUUCGGGCGUCUUCGAAAACUUGCCAUUUCUUGUUAGAAUAGAUUUAGAGAGAAACCUACUCACACGAUUAGAAGCAGGAGCAUUCGAUGGUCUGGCAUAUUUACAAGUAUUAAAAAUUAACGUGAAUAACUUGGUAGACAUAGAUGACGGAGUGUUUGCAACUUUGGCGUCAAUUAGGAAACUGCUACGGCUUGAUGGAAACAAACUAGUCAGUCUAAGGGAAGGAAUGUUUCGAGGUCUUGACAGACUGUUGUUUCUACGUCUCGGCAGGAAUCAGAUUACAUCUCUAAAGGCAAACACAUUCCGUCAUCUGAGUAGUCUCAUUUCACUUGAUCUUGGGAGUAAUCAGAUAUCAUCAGUUGAACCAGGUGCAUUCGAAGGAUUAACAAACCUCCUAGUCUUACACUUUCAGGAUAAUCAGCUUAAAGUUAUUGAGGCCAACACAUUUUCCGGACUGCAGUUGGUUAAUCAUUUGGAUAUCGGCGGAAGCCCGUGGACAGAGGUAAAGCCAGGUGCUUUCAACGGGCUCGAAAGUCUCGAAAUUCUGAAUAUGAGGAGAAGACCGAACCAAGUUCAAGAAUUUCAAGUGAAGAAAAAUGAAAUUGAACAUUUGCAACACCUCAUGUCUUUAAUCGUCGAUGAUCCAAAGAUGUGCUGUCUACUCGAUUACAAAACAAAUGGAAUAAUUGAGCUAUGUUUUCCAUCUAAUAAACUAGACGAAGAAAUACCAUACUUGAGCUGUAACCGUAUCAUGCACAACUCUGUACUACGGGUGUUCAUUUGGUGCCUCGGCAUUAGCGCCCUCAUCGGCAACGCUGGGAUAAUCAUGUGGAGAUUAAACAUGAAGGAUUCAGGGAAGCGUUCGCAAUCGGUCCUGAUUCUCAAUCUGGCUGUUUCGGAUCUGAUCAUGGGAUUAUACAUGGUGAUAGUCGCCGGAGCGGACGUACACUACCAGGAUGAUUACUUUCUUCACGCGCCCGAAUGGAAAUCGGGCCAUUUGUGCAAGUUCGCUGGUUUCCUCUCAAUGCUGAGCUCCGAAGCAUCAGUGUUUUUCAUCACCAUGAUCAGCAUUGAUCGAUUCUUAUGUGUAGUAUUCCCAUUUGGGAAGAAAUGGCUGCGGUUAGAGUCUGCCCGGAUGGCGAGCGUCAUCCUAUGGGCAAUCUCCUUAAUAAUCAGCGUCCCUCCUCUAUUUCUUCAAGACAUGCGUAACGAUAAGAAUGAAACAUUCUACGGUCUGUAUGACGUAUGCGUAGGACUCCCUCUCGUGGUGAAACCCAAAGUUGUCUCUCACAACAACACAUUACUAGGGGUCCCCCUAAACCGAACAAUAACCCAACAAGCGGAGCCAUCUUGGAUAUUCUCAGCCACCGUCUACCUCGGAAUAAACUUUGCCUGUUGCCUGGUAGUCAUGGGAUGCUACAUUGCAAUAGCAUUCGUAGUGAUUAUAAAGUUACCAGCGAAGAAGUUGCAUAAGAGGAAAGACAGAGAGCACCGCAGGAGGGAGAUGACCAUGGCAACGCGCAUGCUCCUUAUAGUCGGUACUGACUUCUGUUGUUGGAUGCCUGUAAUCAUCAUGGGGAUUUUAUCACAGUCUGGUGCCGUAGACAUACCAGACGAGACGUACGCAUGGGUUGUUGUCUUUGUUAUACCGAUCAACUCAGCGAUUAACCCGUACCUCUACACCGUCUCCAACGCCAAUGCGGUGUCGUUGAACUGUUGUAAUGUCCGUAGCCCUGGUGGUUUAGUCGACUCGGUGCGGAUGAAGCCAUUAACUAGUCAGACCAAAGAUACACAGGCAGGACGAAGUAGUAGAUCAGGGACACAGUCAUUCUUAUAGUAACGAAUAGUAUCACAAAAAUGCUUUGUGUCUAAACACGAUGUGACCUAUGUUUACAUUCAAACCGCCCUCUGUUGACAAAACACUAUAAUACGUCAUGUUUCACCGAACA